CGUAGUAUAUUUAGUUCCGAGUCCCAAGGUGUGGGUGCUAUCUACGUCACGUCACGUAAACCACGAUUCCUUCUUGACCCCAUACUUGCAUCCUCUUACUAUUCCAACUCCCGAGAAAGAGAGAGAGAGACAGAGAGAUGGGUUCUCAUGAGGACGAAAGAUUGCUGUUGGAAGGUGGCCUUCUUCAGGAUGAAGGCAAUGGAUUGUACACAGGAGACGGCUCAGUUGACAUUGAGGGAAAUCCUGUUUUAAAGCAAAAUACUGGAAACUGGAGAGCUUGCCCCUUCAUUCUAGGUACCGAAUGUUGUGAACGCUUGGCCUACUAUGGGAUUGCCACUAACCUGGUCACUUAUCUAACAAGCAAAUUGCACGAAGGAAAUGUUGCUGCAGCAAGAAAUGUUACCACUUGGCAGGGCACUUGCUAUCUUACACCACUCAUUGGGGCUGUCUUAGCAGAUGCAUACUGGGGAAGAUACUGGACAAUUGCUGUUUUUUCCACCAUUUACUUUCUCGGAAUGUGUACUUUGACUCUCUCAGCAACACUUCCUGCAUUGAUUCCUCCUGAAUGUGUGGGUUCUUCAUGCCCUGCAGCUAGUACGUCACAGUAUGCAGUGUUCUUCUUUGGGCUCUAUCUGAUUGCUCUAGGAACUGGUGGAAUUAAGCCAUGUGUUUCAUCCUUUGGGGCGGAUCAGUUUGAUGAUACUGAUGCCAGGGAAAGGGUAAAGAAGGGAUCUUUCUUCAACUGGUUUUACUUUUCUAUCAACAUUGGAGCUCUGAUAUCAAGUAGCUUUAUAGUGUAUAUUCAAGACAAUGCUGGAUGGGGCCUAGGGUUUGGUAUUCCUGCAUUGUUUAUGGCUGUCGCUAUUGCUAGUUUCUUUUCAGGCACACCACUCUAUAGAUUUCAGAGACCAGGGGGAAGCCCUCUUACAAGAAUGUGCCAGGUUUUGGUGGCAUCAUUUCGUAAGUGGAAUUUGAAUGUCCCUGAAGACAGUAGUCUCCUAUACGAAACAGAAGAUAAAGUCUCCGCCAUUGAAGGAAGUCGUAAACUGGAGCAUAGUGAUGAGCUCAAAUGUCUUGAUAAAGCUGCUGUAAUAUCAGAAGCUGAGGUGAAAACUGGGGAGUUCUCUAAUCCAUGGAGGCUUUGCACCGUUACACAGGUGGAGGAAUUCAAAAUUUUAAUCCGCAUGUUCCCUAUCUGGGCUACUGGAAUUGUGUUUUCUGCUGUCUAUGCCCAAAUGUCAACCAUGUUUGUGGAACAAGGGACGAUGAUGGAUACAUCUAUUGGUUCUUUCACCAUUCCCCCAGCCUCCCUCUCAAGUUUUGAUGUCAUCAGUGUUAUCUUCUGGGUCCCCAUAUAUGACAGGUUCAUUGUCCCAAUUGCAAGGAGAUUUACUGGUAAGGAAAGGGGGUUCUCAGAGUUGCAACGGAUGGGCAUUGGGCUCUUUCUUUCGGUCCUAUGCAUGUCAGCUGCUGCUGUGGUAGAGAUUUACCGAUUGCAUAUUGCUAAUGAACUUGAUUUGGUUGACAAAGAGGUAGCUGUACCAAUUAGUAUCUUUUGGCAAGUUCCUCAAUACUUCUUGCUGGGAGCUGCAGAGAUAUUCACAUUCAUUGGGCAACUUGAGUUCUUCUAUGACCAAUCUCCAGAUGCCAUGCGCAGUUUAUGCAGCGCCUUAUCACUUCUGACCACUGCAUUGGGAAAUUAUCUGAGCUCUUUCAUUUUGACAGUAGUAACUUACUUGACAACACAAGGCGGGAAGUCUGGAUGGAUCCCCGACAACUUGAAUUCAGGUCAUCUGGAUUACUACUUCUGGCUCUUAGCAGGACUCAGCUUUAUAAACAUGGUGGUGUACAUGGUCUGUGCCGGAAAGUAUAAACAUAAGAAGGCUUCUUAAUGCUCCGCCGCGGAAGCCUUUCUCCAAACCAUACUCCAUCGGAAAAAAAACCCAAGAAGUAUAUGUCUGGCUUUUAUCUGAAGCCAUUUGUAAAAUAUCAUCAUUCAGUUACUGAUGCUUUGUAAAUAACCACAACAAGCCUGCGUUUUUCUUAAGGUACCUUGAGAUUUCAAAGAAAUUUGUGUCAUAUAUUGGUCUGAAAAGGCCAUUAGUUUCUAGUCA